AUGUUUCGUAAAUCUAAAGUAACAGAUGGGACGUCUGUGGGCCAAGUGGGGUUCAAGAAAAAGUCAAGGGUCCCUGGAGUGAUGAUUACACAGUUUAUUGAGACACUGCCAGAGGGAAAGAGCCACCCAGAUUUCACUCGUAAGCCAAUUGCUUUGACUAUCCAAGAGGGGAAGUUUGCUUUUUUCAAAGCCAUUGUCACUGGAGACCCAAAACCCACUGUGUCAUGGACUCGGAAUAAUGGAAGCGUCGCUGAUGAGUCAAGAUACCAAACAAAAUAUGAUCCAAACUCCAAUGAGCAUACAUUUGAGAUGCCUAAUGUAAAGCCGGAUCAAGCAGAUACAUACAAAUGCAUUGCCAUAAAUGAGUAUGGGCAGGCCUUCGUCACAGUGAUUCUGAAUGUAAUUGAAGUUGGUUUUAAAAAGGCAAAGGCUCCAGAACCAGCUCCAAAUGCUACUGAUGGGAAUUUCAAGACUGUCCUUAGAAAGAGCAAGAUCCGCCCCAAAUCUGAGCAGACUGAAAAAAAGGAAGGAGAAAUUGACCCUAAGUUUUGGGAGCUCCUGAUGAGUGCUGACAAGAAGGACUAUGAGAGCAUCUGCGCAGAGUUUGGAGUCACAGACUUUCGUUGGAUGCUCAAGAAACUGAAUGAAAUGAAAAAAGAAAGAGAAGAAGAACAGGCCACGUUUGUAAAAAAUCUGUCCAACCUGAAGCCAAUUAGUGUUAAUUCAGACGGCUGUGCAUCCUUUGAGCUUGACAUGGAUCUGCUUGAACCAAGCAGCCACAUUUAUAUUUACAAGGAUGGUGAGAUGAUCCCAUACACAAAGGAGCUGGGAGAGAAGAUGAAGCACAGCCUGAAACAAAUAGGACGAAAAUAUGUAUUUAGUAUGAAGGACCUGCUGCCCGACGACGCUGGACUGUAUCAGCUGGAUGUGGAGGGAGUCACUAUGUUCUCCACAGAAUUCAAAGUACCUAUGGUGGAUUUCUUGGUGAAGAUUCAAGAAGUGAAAGCGAUGGAGAGAGAAGAUGCCGUUUUUGAAUGUGUGCUAUCGAACCCAUUUUCAAAGAUUAAUUGGUUUGGUAAAAAUUCGCCACUGGAGCAAGGAGAGAAAUUUGAUAUUGAAGUUUCUGAAGACAAGCUCAUUCACAGACUGGUGGUCAAAGACUGCGUGCUCACAGAUAAAGGAAUAUACUCUGCCUGCGCCGGUAUUAAGAGCUGCAAUGCCUUUCUUCUGGUAGAACCGGAUAAGGGACCAGGGAAGAAAGAGAGGAAGACUACAAGAGCAGGAGGAUCAGGUGUGGACCUGCAAAAGGUGGCUCAGGAGCAACAAGCUAAACUGGAACAACAGUAUGAGGAACGUAAAGAAGUGAUCAAAGCAGCCCAAGAAGCUGCAGCGGCUGCACCGCCACCUGAGCCGCCUAAAGAAGCUGAGCCAGAGCCAAAAGCAGCUCCGGAGCCAUCUGUUGAGCUUAACAUCACCGGUGAACUCUCUGACACUUAUGCUCUUCGAGGAAACCCACUUGAAUUAACAGUGACGAUGAACGUUGAAUGUGACGGCACCUGGUUCAAAGAUGGAGAACCGUUAUCCUCUGGUGGUGGUAUCACUAUAUUCAAAGAGGGACUGGCCCAUAAAAUACGGAUUGCUAGCUGCCAAGAUGAUGACUCAGGAGUUUAUCGAUUUGUUACAGGAGAACUGAGUACGCAAGGAAAGGUCACAGUGGGAGAUGUACCUGAAUUUGACCCAGAUGAGCUUCAUAAAUUCUCCAAGCCUGUGGUGGUCCGUGUGGGUCAGAACGCAGCCUUUAAGAUGCCCUUCCCGCCGCAGGAGGGACUGGUGGUCAGUUGGUUCAAGGAUGGCACCGAAGUCAAAGAUGGCGGCGGAGUGAAGAUCGUCAGGGAGCCCAACCACAGUCGACUGCUUUUCAAAGACUGCCUUAGAACUGAUGCAGGAGAAAUCAAAAUCCAGCUUAAAAACCCUUUUGGGGCAAUAGAGGCAACAUCUCGGCUUAUUGUAUUAGAUCGUCCCGGACCACCCGAGGGCCCCGUGGAGACUGUGGAAACCACCUCCACUGUGAUCGAAAUUAAAUGGAACCCCCCGAAAGACGACGGUGGCUCACCGGUGACAAACUACAUCAUUGAGCGCCAACCCAACUGGCAGAGUCUGUGGACCAAACUGGGGGACGUCACUGCUGACAGAACCACCUUCAGAGACAGAAAUGUGACUCAUGGAAAAAAAUACAACUACCGCAUCUACGCCGAGAACCCCGAGGGCAUAAGCGACCCACUAGAGUCAGAUGACAGUAUCAUGGCAGGAGUACUGAUCCUCUCUGGUCCUCCUGGAGCCCCUCAAAUCGUGAGUGCCUCCAAGACAUGCAUCCAUCUGACCUGGACCCCCCCUGAGGACACACGGGGAGUGCCCAUUGUGGGGUACCUGCUGGAGAAAAGGAAGAAAGACACCAAUCAGUGGGUCGCCAUCAAUGCAGUCAAUGAGCCAAUUGAAGACAUAAAAUGUGCAGUGAAAGACGUCACCGAAGGGAGUGAAUAUCAGUUUAGAGUAUCAGCAAUUAACGAGUCAGGUGCUGGAGACCCAAGCCCCCCUUCGGAAAUGGUCUGUGCCAAGAAUCCCAACAUGAGACCACAUUUCAAAGAUCCAGAAGAUUUCAUGGUCGUCAGAGCGGGCAACUCAGUUCGGAUCAAAAUUAAUUAUGAGGCUGAACCUCCUCCUCAAAUCACCUGGCUAAAGGACGAUGAGCCCAUAUCUCCGUGGAUUAAUGUUAUCAAUACAGAAGGGCUGUCUCAGCUUGUUAUUCCAUCGUCAAAGCGCUCCGAUUCAGCUGUGUACACAAUCAUAGCCAAAAACUCAGUGGGAGAGGCUUCCUUUGAUAUUGAAGUUAGAGUCACAGAUGAACCUAAGAGCCCUGGCCCAGUGGAGAUAGAGCAGACAGUGCAUGGGAAACUGCUGAUCUCGUGGGCACCCUCACCUGACCAGGAGCUGGAUGACCGCCUGUACUACGUAGUGUCCCAGUGCGACUCAAACAACCGCAUGUGGAAGAAUGUGGCCGACCGUCUCUUCACCAACAGCUACACGGCCAUCAACAUCAACCCUGGCGUCGAGUACCGCUUUAGGAUCUUUGCCAAGAAUGACAUGGGCCUCUCCGAUCCAUCCCAUUCUCCUCCUUGGGGAGUGAACAACAACAGAAUUCCUAUUCCGGCAAAUGGACUGAAUUCAACAGAAGUGAGCUUUGAGAGGCCACCCUCCAUCUUGGUCCCUCUCAAAGUCCAUACACCACCCAAGGGUUACCAGCUUUUCAUGACAUGUGCAGUACGAGGAUGCCCCACCCCCAACAUCUCCUGGUACUUGGACAACAUCUGCAUCAACUCUGAUAACCACUACUACAUGACCAACUCUUUCGGCGUCUGCUCCCUGUACAUUCUCCGAGUCCGGCCCAAAGACAGUGGGGAGUACAAAGUGGUGGCUGUCAACUCGUUUGGACAGGCAGAGUGCUCCACUAAACUCAUAGUUAAAGAAUAAGAUUAUUUUUCAAGCAAUGAAGAGCAGAUGGAAAUAGAAGAAGUGCUUUGAGACUGAACAAACUGAUUGAAGAUACUUUUUUUUUUAAUGGGAAAAGAAAUUAAACUGGUAAAAAUAAUGGCUAAUAUCAAAAGUAUCUUAAGUGGGUGGAAAAUUGAGAGUUUUUGCAAGUUUAUUAUUGUGUGAAGCCAUUUUGGUAAUUUCACAUUUCGCUGGUAAAUACAAAUGUCUUUUGAAAGUGUACUAAUUACAUGCAGUAAAGAAGUAAUCGUAACAUUUUAUUUAAAAUACAAUAAAAAUAAAGAUUUCUGUA